AUGCGUAUACCUAUUUGUGCACAAGAAAGACUUACUAUAACAGUACGGUAUUUGGAAACUGGGGAUGCGCACACUACAAUUGCUGCUAAUUACCGAAUGUCACCAACCACUCUUGGUAGAAUAGUAUAUGAAACUUGUAAUGCUAUUUGGAACAACUUGUUAGGAGAAUACGUAAAAGCGCCUAAUUCUGAAACUGAGUGGGAAAAAAUUGAUAAAGAAUUUGAAACCAGAUGGCACUUUCCACAUUGUGUUGGUGCCAUUGAUGGUAAGCAUGUUCAAAUGUUUGCUCCAGCUAGAUCAGGAUCAAGCUAUUUUAAUUAUAAAAAGACACAUAGUAUAGUAUUGAUGGCUGUCUCUGAUGCAAAGUACCGUUUUAUUUUGGCUUAA